CACCGCCCGUCUUUGAGGGAAAAUAGGCGAUGAUUGUGUGCUUAUACUCACUAAGGCUCUACUAUGAAUGGUGCCAUUGCAUUGAUUUGACUGAAGACUACAAAAUAUAUGGUCCAUAUUGUGAGCGAGAUACGCGGCAUCUCUCCCUGUACGGAUAACUGUGUAAUUUUGGAUCUUAUAUUUAUGGGAAGAAAUGGAUAUUCUGAAGAGCAAAGGGACUUCAUUGGAUUGGAGAGUCUCCAUUUUGCUUUUCUGCGUUGUUGCUGCGGUUAGCGGACAAAUUCGUUAUUCUAUACCAGAGGAGAUGAGGAAAGGGCUGUUUGUCGGAGACGUUGCAAAAGACCUGGGCUUGGAUGUUAAAAGGUUGGUUUCUGGUCGGGCUCGACUUGUUAUAGAUGGUGAUAACCAAUAUGUCGCUCUGAAUCAGAACAAAGGGCAUAUCGUUGUCAAUGAAAGAAUUGACAGAGAAAAAUUAUGCGCCAAGAAAUCACCGUGUAGCUUUAGUCUAGAAAUUGUCCUCGAAGAUCCACUUGAAUUGUUUUCCAUUACCAUCGAAAUACAAGAUGUAAACGAUCAUGCUCCUGCUUUUCCCAAAAAAGAAAUUAAUUUGGAAAUAAGCGAAUCGACGCCCACAGGGACUGUAUUUUUGCUUGAUAGCGCAGCUGAUCCUGACGUAGGAAUAAACUCACUGCAAAGUUACUCUUUAAAGGCAAAUCAUCAUUUUGUUCUCAAACAACACACUCGAGCAGAUGGGAGUAAAUAUGCUGAAAUGAUGCUUCAGAGUGGUUUGGACCGCGAGAAGCAGAGCGAGCACACGCUCAUAUUAACGGCUGUGGACGGUGGGGAACCGCAGAGGUCUGGAACAGUAAGGAUACAUGUAUCUGUUCUGGACGCAAACGACAACGCACCUGUUUUUACGCAGUCAGUAUACAAAGCAUCUGUCUUGGAAAAUGUUUUGCGAGGCACAGUUAUUGCUAGAGUCAGUGCCUUAGAUGCGGACCAGGGUUACAAUGGUAACGUUACAUAUUCUUUCACCCACUUAGAGGAGGAUUCCUCCUGUCCUUUCGAAAUAAAUUCUUACACAGGGGAGGUUAAACUCACCGGUGACAUCGAUUACGAGGUUUCUCCAAAUUACGAAAUUAACCUUCAAGCAAAAGAUCCGUGGGGUGUAGUGGGCGCCAGCAAAUUGAUAAUUGAGAUAGCAGAUGUGAAUGAUAACAGUCCAAUAAUCACAAUGGCUUCAUAUUCGGGUAAGAUUUCAGAGGAUUCUACGCCUGGCACAGUUGUGGCAUUGAUUAGUGUCCAAGAUAAAGAUUCAGGUAAAAAUGGACAAGUUAAUUUAAAUAUAGAUGAAAAUCUCCCGUUCAAAAUUAAAUCGUCUCUCAGAAACUAUUACACAUUGGUCACGGAGCAAAGGCUCGACCGAGAAAAGUGUUUCAAGUACAACAUUACUCUCACUGCCACAGAUGAGGGCUUGCCUCCCUUAUCAAGCAGAAAAACUGUCGUUUUAGACGUUACUGAUAUAAAUGACAACGCACCAGCUUUCAGCCAAAGUGUUUACAGCACUCAGGUAAUGGAGAACAAUUCUCCUAGUGUCACUCUUUUGCAAAUCCACGCUACUGAUCCAGAUCAGGGUCAGAAUGCACGCAUAUCAUAUUUUCUUAUUGACAGUGAGGUUAAUGGAAAUCCGGUCUCCGCAUAUUUCUCCAUUAAUACGCAGAGUGGAGUCAUUCAGUCUUUGCGUUCACUUGACUAUGAACAAGUCAAAGAGUACAAAAUACGAGUUAAAGCGCAGGAUGGAGGCUCACCACCUCUAAGUACUAACACGACAGUUGUUGUGCGUGUCCAGGACCAGAACGACAACCCGCCUCAGGUUCUGUACCCAGUCCAGACUGGUGGCUCUCUGGUGGCUGAAAUGGUGCCUCGUUCAGCAGAUGUGGGCUAUCUGGUCACUAAAGUGGUGGCUGUUGAUGUGGACUCUGGACAGAAUGCCUGGCUCUCCUAUAAACUGCAGAAAGCCGCAGACAGGGCGCUGUUUGAAGUGGGCUUACAGAAUGGAGAAAUAAGAACUGUCCGCCAAGUCACUGAUAAAGAUGCUGUGAAACAAAGACUGACUGUUAUAGUGGAGGACAACGGGCAGCCCUCUCGUUCAGCUACAGUCAUUGUUAACGUGGCGGUGGCGGACAUUCCUGAAGUGCUGUCGGAGUUCACUGACUUUACACACGACAAGGAGUACAACGACAACCUGACUUUUUACUUAGUGUUGGCUCUGGCUGUAGUUUCCUUCCUCUUCAUCACGUGUUUAGUGGUUAUUAUAUCAGUGAAAAUCUACAGAUGGAGACAGUCUCGCAUCCUGUAUCACUCCAGCCUCCUGUGAUUCCGUAUUAUCCACCACGUUACUCGGACACUUUGGGGACAGGGACUCUCCAACACGUGUACAAUUACGAGGUGUGCAGGACGACUGAC